AUGGAGAGUACUGUUAAUGGUAGUCAAUUGAGCAUGAAGAUUCUUUUUGAUAAAAAAAGCAAGAAAGUAUUAUUUGCAGAAGCAGGAAAAGAGGUAAUAGAUUUUCUGUUCUACAUUCUUUCUCUACCAUUAGCCACAGCUACAAAGCUCCUCUCCAAAUCCAAGAUCGAUAUGAACGGUUGUUUGAAUAACCUUUAUGCGAGUAUUGAGAAUUUGGACCACAAAUAUUUUCAAAGUGCCGAGAGAAAGGAUUUUAUCCUCAAUCCUAAGCCAUCAUUUCCAGUACAGGCACCCUUAUUGAUAUCAGAUACUGUAAGUCGUCCAAACACUACCAAAGUCUACAAAUGUCCUAACUCAACUCACAAUGUUUAUUAUAGCAUUGACUCAACAGCAACAUGUAGGACUUGCUAUGUUCGAAUGAGUAUCCUCGAGGGGGAACUUAUAGGAGUGCAUUAUCAAGGUGAGGGUAUUGUGAAAGAUUUUCCCAAAUAUAUGGUGAUGGAUGAUUUGGUGAUCAAACCAACUUCUUCAAGUUCUAGCAUCUCUUUACUGAAAGAUUUCAGCAUCAAGUAUGUUAAUAACAUUCAAGAAAUUGUGGUUGAUUUGGGCAUUGAUGAGGGGAUCAAGAUAUUAAAGGCUUCUCUAGAAGGGAAAGAAGUACUUACAAGUGUUUUCAUUCACAAUCAAAAGCUGGAUAGUAUUGUUAAUAAUGGUAAACUGAGCAUGAAGAUAAUUUUUGACAAUGAAAACAAGAAAGUAUUAUUUGCAGAAGCAGAGAAAGAUGUAAUAGAUUUUCUUUUUUAUCUUCUUUCUCUACCAUUGGCCAUGGCUAUGAGGCUCCUCUCCGAAUCCAAGAUAGGCAUGAACAGUUGUUUGAAUAACCUUUAUGUGAGUUUUGAGAAACUGGAUAACAACUAUAUUGAAACUGUUGAGAAAAAAAACUUCAUCCUUAAGCCUAAGCCAUCCUUUCCAGUACAGGCACCCUUGUUGAUAUCAAAUACAGUAAGUCAUCCAAGCAGUACCAAUUUCUACAGAUGCCAUAACUCAACUCACAGUGUUUAUUAUAGCAUUAACUCAAUUACAAAAUGUGUUUAUUGCUCUAACAUUAUGAGUACCCUUCAUGGGGAACUUGUAACAAGGUCUGAUCAAGGUGGGGGUUUUGUGAAAGGUUUGGUGAAAUAUAUGGUGAUGGAUGAUUUUAUGAUCAAACCAGUUUCACUCAUUUCUGACAUUGGUUUGUUGAAAGAGUACAACAUAGAGGAUGUUAAUAAUCUUCAAGAAAUUGUGGUUGAUUUGGGCAUUGAUGAGUGUCUAGAGAUAUUAAAGACUUCUCUUGAAGGACAAAAAACUAUUACAAGUAUUUUCAUUCACAAAUUGGUUGAAGAGUUGGAAGAUCAAGAUGAUGAAGAUUAUGUAGAUGAUGACGAGGAGGAUGAUGAGGAGGAUGAUGACGACGAGAGCGUUGACGACGAAGAAGAUGACAAUGAAGAUAAAACUUUGGUUUAG